CAUGAGAUCAAUUGGUGUUGCUGAGCGUGGUUUAGAUUUGAUGCUUAUGCGCGUUACGGAUCCUUCUCGUCGUACCUUCGGAAAACUCCUUGCUGAACAUGGGACCAUAUUAUCCGAUAUCUCCAACUCGCGCAUGAUUAUUGAUCAAGCUAGGUUUCUUGUUCUUAACGCUGCCGACAUGAUUGAUAAAGUAGGUACUAAAAGAGCUUUGAAGGAAAUUGGGAUGGCCAAGGCUAUUGUGCCAACUAUGUUGCUAAAGGUACUUGAUCGAUCCAUCCAAGCACAUGGUGCUGGAGGUUUGUGUGAUGAUUUUCCGCUUGCUCAUCUGUAUGCUAUGGGGCGCACUCUAAGAAUCGCAGAUGGUCCCGAUGAAGUACACAUACAGCAAGUUGGAAAAUUGGAAUUGAGAAGAGCUUCGAAAAUUAAAGAAUAUUAUGAAAGAAUAUUGAAGAAAUCAUCAAAAUUGUAA